AUGGCCACAGAAGCAAUGAAAAAAUUCAAUGAAGAUUCUGCUGCUGCCGCUGCGGAGGCCUCUAUUAGCAAGCCUAAGAAGGCUAUGCCCAAGAAGCCUGCGCACAAGCCUAGUUCCUCAGCCAUGCCCUCAUGGCCAAGCUCUUCAAAGCCCUCACGGCAUAUCCCUCAAGCAGCUCAAGUCCCUACUGUUGCAAAACCGUCAGCUGCUGCUGCAAAGUCCUCGACACCUAUGCACCUCGCCUCUUGCCAAAGGAUAGCUGGGAUAUCAAUUGCUUCAGGAGCAUCUGCAAAACAUGCCAGCACCGCUGAUGAAGAUCAGGCUGCAGAAGAAAAUGAGAGCACCAGGGCUGAUGAAGGCAUCCCAGCCGCUGAAGAAACUGCCAGGGCAACCUCCAGUGUUGCGCCUGAUGACCAACCCAGGCCAGUUGAAGCAUCUACUACUAAUCCUGAUGAAACUGAUCAUGCCAGGGAAACUGCAUCAGUUGUGCCUGAAGAAACUGCACCAAAGUCCUCUGCUCCUUCUGCACAAACAACAAGUCCUACCCUUCCUUUUGCAUCGGGAGCGAAGAAACCCAAAUCUGCAGAGCGAGCAGCUAUGAAGAAAAGGAAAGCAUCUGCAUCCUGA